CACCCUUCUCCAAACCCAAGACACACAAAUUAACAAUGGCAGCCAUUCAUAACAAUCAAACAACAACUCCUACAAACUUAUGCUUUCUCUCUUCUUACUUCCACACACUUUCCAAAACCCCAGAAAGGCUAAGAAAGAGGGUUCUAGCCACAUGGACACCAGACCAGGAGAUAAACCAAAUGAGACUAAGGUCUGGUGCUGACAUGAAGAGAAAACUCACAUGGUAUGACCUUAUUGCCCUUGGUAUUGGUGGUAUGCUUGGCGUUGGCGUUUUCGUGACAACCGGACCUGUUGCUAAAGAUAAAGCCGGGCCUGCGGUUCUUGUGUCAUAUAUCAUUGCUGGAAUAUCAGCUCUUUUCUCUUCUUUGUGUUACACUGAAUUCUCCAUCCAAAUUCCAGUUGCUGGCGGUGCUUUUAGUUAUCUAAGAGUCACUUUUGGAGAAUUUGUGGGCUAUUUUGCUGGGGCAAAUAUAUUAAUGGAGUAUGUGUUGUCGAAUGCCGCGGUUGCAAGAAGUUUCACAGAAUAUUUGUGUACUGCUUUUGGGCAGGAAGACCCAAACGCAUGGCGAGUCGAAGUAGAUGGCUUGUUGAAAGGUUACAACAUGAUGGAUUUUCCAGCUGUUGCUCUCAUUGUUCUUCUAACUCUUUGCCUAUGUCGGAGCACCAAGGAGAGCUCCAUGCUAAACAUUAUAAUGACAAUAUUUCAUGUAGUAUUCUUUGGAUUCAUUAUAGUCUCUGGUAUAUGCUAUGGGAAGACAGAAAACUUAAUCCAGCCAGAAGGGUUAGCUCCUAAUGGUGUCAAAGGGGUCAUCGAUGGAGCGGCCAUCGUUUAUUUUAGCUACAUAGGCUAUGAUUCAGUCUCUACAAUGGCUGAAGAGAUCAGAAACCCAUCAAAGAGCCUUCCACUGGGCAUAGUUGGUUCAGUUCUUAUUGUUUCGGUGGUCUAUUGUCUUAUGGCUUUGUCUUUGUGCAUGAUGGUUCCCUAUAACAAGAUAUCGAGUAGUGCAUCUUUUUCGGUUGCUUUCCAAAACAUUGGAUGGAAAUGGGCUAGCAACAUUGUCGGAGCAGGCGCUAGUUUGGGAAUUGUGGCAUCUCUUUUGGUAGCAAUGCUUGGCCAAGCUAGGUAUUUGUGUGUCAUUGGUAGAGCCCGACUAGUGCCAUCUUGGUUCGCUAAGGUACACCCUAAAACGGGUACCCCUGUUAAUGCAACAAUCUUUUUAGGAUUCUGUCAAGCUUCCAUAGCAUUGUUCACAGAGCUUAGCAUUGUCUUAGAGAUGAUCUCAAUUGGUACCCUCUUGGUGUUCUACCUUGUGGCCAAUGCGCUAAUCUACCACCGCUAUACCAUCAAGACCAACAACCCACCAAUUUAUACAAUUGGUUUCCUCUUGAUCCUCUCAAGUGCCUCCAUUGGUUUCUCCAUAUCUUGGAACUUCACCCAUCUACAAAAAUGGGGAUUGCCAGUAUUUGGCGGUGUUGUGAUCGCCACCACUGCAAUUUUCCAGCAUUUGAUGCCAUUUAGUGGUAGCCUUGACAGGCCAGAUCAUGAGUGGCAAGUGCCAUUCAUGCCAUGGCCCGCUGCGCUUUCCAUAUUUUUGAAUGUAUUUCUAAUGGCCACUUUGAGAAAGUUGUCAUAUGAGAGAUUUGGUGUGUGGACGUGUUUAAUAACUUUGGUGUAUAUGUUGUACGGAGUUCAUUCGGCAUAUCAAGGUGAAGAAAUGGAAACGGUGGGUGAUGAUAUGAGAGCACAUUGUCCGAAUUCCAACGGGGAACAACCUAAGGUUGAUAUUCAAGUGCUUUAAUGAAAGAAUGAGGUUUUUUGCACUUGUUACUUUUUUUGUUAUUUUCAUAUUAGUUAGAUUUUAUUUCUUGAAUUAACUGAAGGAACAUGAAUUGUGAAAAUAGUUUCUAGAGGCAAUUGUGUAGCGUUAAGGAGCCAAGUCUCAGUCUCUACUGUAGGUUUUAUAGUUGGAAAUUUUAUGCAUAUCUCUCUAAACUGUGUUGGAUAAAAGUACUUUGAAAAUAA